UUUAUAAAUCGGCAUAUAUAUAUAUAUAUAUAUAUAUAUAUAUAUUAAUUUUAAAAAACUUCCAUUUAUAUUUCUUAUUUAUAGGUUCUGCUGCUACGGAUCUGCGCUACCUUAGACGCUCUUGCUUCUGUCGUGAAGAGAUGGAUCGCACGAGUGCCUUCGCCGUUGCAUUCAUCUGCAUCAUCGUGGCCGGUGUCGGAGGUCAGUCUCCGGCCGCCGCCCCUUCUAAUACUCCGCCGACUGCGGCGGCUCCCGCUGCUGGCACGCCCGCUUCGUCGCCUCCUACUGGCGCCACCGCACCUUCGACGCCUAAAUCGCCAGCUCCAGCCAAUGCUCCCGCUUCACCCCCGCCCGAGGCUUCAUCGCCACCUGCCAAAGCUCCGGCGGCAUCGCCAAAAGCAGCGUCGCCUAAAUCUUCUCCGCCGCCCGCCGCGACUCCGGCGAACUCGCCACCUGCCUCGACUCCGGCGAACUCGCCACCUGCCUCGACCCCGGCCAGCUCUCCCCCUGCUGAGACUCCGGCGAGCUCACCGCCUGCUCCGGUUCCCGUCAGCCCCCCUCCGUCGACUCCACCUAAGAAGUCUCCUGCCCCUAAGAAGUCUCCUCCCGCUCCGGAGCCUGUGACUCCUCCAGCCGCUUCUCCGCCGGCACCUGUGCCUGCACCGCCUGCUGAUGUUCCGGCGCCGGCUCCCGCGAAGAAGAAGAAGAAGGGUAAGAAGAGUCAUGCGCCUGCACCGGCACCGUCGAACAAGCUCCUGGGUCCGCCCGCACCGCCGUCAGAAGCGCCUGGACCGAGUCUGGAUGCGUCCUCGCCUGGUCCUUCGGAAGCUGCAGAUCAGAGCGGAGCAGAAAGCGUGAUGGGGCUGAAGAAGGUGGUCGGAAGCUUCGUAUUGGGAUGGGCGGCGGCGGGAUUGCUUUUGCAGUGAGGUGGCUGCCACCCAUUUGUUUAAUCUUUUGUUUUUUAACUAUUCCCCAUGCUGUCUGGUGAAGCACAGCUGUCGGUGCUUGUUUGGGGGAGGUUAAUCUUAUCAUUGUUUAUUGAACUAUUUAUCGGAUUGGCUUUGUAUUCUUUUGGGGGAGUCUGAGGUGGGGAAACUUUGUACUUUGUAGUUUUGUAUUUGGUGACUUUCCUUCUCUUAUGGGUCAUUUGGGGGUACUCUUAUUCUUUUACCCACUUAAAAUAUAUUUCUCUUCGUCACUUUUAUUUAAA